GUUCCAGCGUAUGCAAGCUGAAAGGGUAGAUGACGUCUUGUUUGUGAGGGUCGCGUGUGCCGCCGCUUAUCAGCCAGCAGCUGUUGCUGGGCAAGGCUUGGCCUAUGACGAUGUAUAAUUCAUGCAAAAACAAACAUAGGGAGCCCAUCUGUCGCUGCUACAUCCCACGCGAAAACUCAUUCAUUCGGCAAAAUCAAUCAUGAGCGUUAACAUCAUUGACGUUGGCGUCAGCAGGGUGCGUUGUGUGUUCCUUGCAUGCUCCCGCCUUCUAGAUGCCGGUUCUUCCGAGCUGCGACCGAGACUCUUUACUAACGUCUUCCCCACAGAUUCUGGGGGCUCGAGAAGAUCAGGAAGACCGUUAUAUUACCUUGACGCCAGGUUCGAUCAAGUCACGGAAAGAACUCGCCAUCUUUGCCGUGUAUGAUGGCCAUGGGGGUACAGAAACUGUGAACCACGUUGCAGAGCAUCUUCAUACACAUCUUGAACAGCAUAUCGCCAUACAAAAGCCGUCCAAUGUAGCCGAGUAUAAGCACGCGAUACAAGGUGCUCUGCUGGCUGUAGACCGCGAUCUAGACCACGCCAACCUAGACGGAGGCUCAACUGUUUCUCUCGUUCUCAUCGACACAAAGCAGAGCUUGCUUAUACAAGCGAACUUAGGAGACAGCCAUGUCUUCUUCGCGGACCACGAGCCCCAAUCUCCCCAAUCGUUAUCGCCACAAUCUCCCACGCGCAUCGACUCCGGCGUUGGCUCCAACGGCUGGAACGUCGAGGCUCUUAGCGAGGAACAUGCACCAGACAGCCCGUUAGAGAAGAGAAGAGUGGAAAACGCGGGUGGCGAGAUCAACUACCGAUCUGGCAUUGCGCGCAUUGGCGGCGUGAGCAUGUCGCGCGCACUGGGCGAUCUGGACUACAAGAAGCCUCGCGUUAACCGUCUAGCGGGCCACGACCUCUCUGACUUAGUCGGGGUAGAAACGGGCCUCGCACCAGGAAAGACGGCAGUCCACGACCUCGUAUCGAACAAAGCGCAUUUUACCACUCGCACCCUCCACGGCCAAUCGCUCAUCCUACUUGCAUCAGAUGGUGUCGGUUCGGCGAAGGAGGCGGAGGAAUGCACAAGGCUGGCGGUGGAUGCAUGGCAAUCCGGAAAGGAGGCCAAGGAGAUUGCGGAAGAGUUGACAUCAAGAGAAGGCCAGAUGAAGGGCGCGGACAACUGUACUGUUCUUGUCGUUGUGCUGGACACGGAGAGCAAAGGCCGCAGGAGUAUAGAUAGCGGAAGGAGGAGUAUGGACAUUGGUAUGGAGGGAAGCGGGUCAAGGAGGAGGAGACGAUCAAGUAUUGCUAGCUUGAAGGAUUGGAUACGAGACCGUUAGGUGUAGUUUCGACAUGGCGCAGCGGUGUCGCACAGGAAGCGAGGAAAAGUUUGACCAGGUUGAAGGGUCAGAAGGAUCACUAAGGCUUGAUCGGCCUGGUACGAUGCAGCACAGGCGUUCAGGUUGAGACGUGAUGAGCUUCAUAGUUCUUUUUUCACUGUUGUAUCAAUAUAUCAAUUUCACCAUGAGUAUGCUGCGGAAUGAACAGAAGCACAUUGUG